ACCACAGUUUACCAACAGUCGAGCGCGGACUUCAUAAAGCUUCGAUCGCGUUCCAAAAUUGUACAAAAAAUCUCUUUCAAUACGAUAAUCUGAAUAAAGUUUAACGGAAUAUUUUUUUUUGGAAAUAUUUAAUAAAUUACGUAACUUUAAAUCGUGGUUGGCGGUGGUUAUAUUAAGCCAAUUCUAAUAAAAUUAUGGUGUGAUGAAAUGGUAAAUCGCGAAAUCUGUGUCGAGUUGCUUAACCAGCAGCCUGAGUGAAGGGUUCCCAAUUAUAUUGGUCCAGUGGAAGCAGAUAUUGUGGACGCGUCAACGCAAACUAUAUGCAAAAAAAAUUUUUGCUCAUAUAAGUUAUAUUUAAGGAGAUACAGAUAUAAAUAUGGGUUUGCUAUUUGAAUCAGAUGAUACACCAUACGUGAUGUUGGGGGAUCAUAAGAUUAAAUUAGAAAAAAUGCCCAUAACAGAAGAGUUUUACGUAAACAAAGCAAGAAAUGAACUAAGAGAGACAGAGGAAAAUAUAGAAAACGGUCUUAUAGAUUUGAGAGCUCUGCUAAAAAAAGAAGCAAAUCUUGUUGUUCCAAUAGAUGAUGAUGAAUUUUUACUCAAGUUCCUUCGGCCGUGCAAAUUUUAUGCAGAGAGUGCGUUUAAAAAGAUACAGGCAUAUUACCAGUUCAGACUAACACACAAGGAUUACUGCCGGGAUCUCUAUCCGAGCGCUGUUCGUCUAGCGUUCGACCACUCGAUCGUCUCUGUUCUGUCGCCGAGAGACCAACAUGGUCGACGCAUUAUGUUCGUCGAAUCUGGUGAACGUUGGAACCCUCGUCACGUGCCAUUGCGAGAGGUGUUCCGUGGCGUCCAGUUGGGCCUGGAGUCCGCGAUGGUGGAGCCUCGCACGCAGGUCUGCGGAGUGUCCGUCAUCCUGGAGCUGAAGGGACUCUCCUUCAGUCAAAUUAUGCAAUUCACACCCUCAUUCGCGAAGAUGGUCGUUGAUUGGAUUCAGGAUUGUAUCCCGAUACGUCUGAAAGGCGUACAUAUUGUCAAUCAGCCGUACAUAUUUAACAUGCUGUUCGCGAUAUUCAAGCCGUUUCUUCGCGAGAAGUUGAGAUCCCGCAUCUUCUUCCACGGCAGCGACAGAAAGUCGCUCUUGCAGCAUAUAGAUGCAGAUGCGUUGAUGCAGAGGAUAGGGGGUUCAUUGCCCGACGACGGGAUAUCGGGGGAGGUGAUGUGGCAAAUGAUGCACCACUAUGAGGAAAGCUUUAGACGCGCUGCUUCAUACGGGUACAGUACAAACAACAAUAACAAGUAGUCGUCUGGUGAUUUAUUAAUUGAAAUGAUUCCUAGUAAUUAUAUGUAGAUAUCUAACAAUUUGUAUAUCAUUCCAAUUCAUAAUUGUCAAGUGCUAUUUGUUAUAAUCAUCAAACAAUAAUAUAAAUAAAAUUGGAGUGCCUGUCAGUGAUUUCAAAAUAUUGUGUUUUUUCAAGUGCUUACAGUAAUUAACCGAUUUUAAUGGGAUUGAGAUUGGAUUCUAGGAAAUCUGGAAAAAAACAUUAUUCCUGCGGUAUUUGUAGAAAACAUUCACGCGAACGAAGUUGCGGACGUCCGCUUGUUAAAAAAGAAAAUGGUGGUAUACAAAUUGUAUUUGUUAGAAGAGAUUUGUACAAAGUUUCAACAACAACAAAGUUAAAAAUUAGAUUAGAUUUAGGUGAUAUUUUCAAAGUUUUUAGAUAUUUUAAAGUAUACCUUUGUUAAAAUGUAAAGGAGAAUAAGUACUUAUAUAAUCUAUUGUAUAUAGUAUUGUAUAAUAUCUGUUAAUCAAUGUUUUAAGAU